GAUUAUUCUCGCAACCAAAAGAUCCAAAUCCAUAACAUCACGAACCGCGGGAAGACCCACAAUUUUUCAGCUACCGAUUCGAUUCAAGUAAUUGGCUAUUAGUAGGAACACUUUAGGAACCAAGACAAAGAAAAGAGGACACCAUGGUGAAACUCGUACCUGAUCCAUGCGGCUGCUCUGGAAUUGGAUGGACUCCUCCCACCUACUUGGUUUCGGAGGAAGCAACGAUACCCCAAGAUUCCGAGGAUCCUUCCGAAUGCCAACAACAAUACCCGUAUGACGGUGGAGUAGUUUCCAUCCAAACCUAUUCGACCCUGGUGGAGCGUCUAAAGGAGAUAGUCAAAGAUAAUCGAGACUAUAUCGAUGGAUACUACAAUAAAUAUCGCAAGGGAAAAGAGUUCUCUUGGUCGCACUUUAGGAUAUCUUUAACAACGACCAAAAAGGAAACGGAACAAAACACCAGCAAUUCAGAGGAUCCUGAUGAGACAGAAAGGCCAGAGGAUGAAGAAGAAACGGAAGAAAGGAAGGAGAAAAAGAGGCACAAGGCACUGGCCAAGGCUUUGUGUGAUCCAAAGCCCGGCGUCACUCAUGCCUCUCUGCAAAUCUACAUUUCCGCUCAGUCUGGAGAUAUAGCAAGCUCUAGCCAAUGGUGUGAGGAUAUUGAGAUUCACGAGCGGACAGGCCGUCCAGAAGAUCUCAUUGACCUGCUGUUGGAGUGUCAACCAGCACAAUUGGAUUUCAAAUCGAUUGAUCCAUCCCUGGCAGCCUACCUGGCGGAAAAGAUUGCCACAACCAACACUACUAGUUUGCAAGUGAUUGGAAUGGCAGAAUCCUGUGACGAAGGAACGAUUCAAGCCAUGGGUACAAUACUGCAAUCCUGUUGUUCCUCUACAAAUCCACAGACGCUGCGUCUCUAUGAGUGCUACAAUUCCGUUCCAUACCAUUCCAUCCAGUCGGGAUGGGAAGAAGGCUUUCGUUGCAACACUUCCAUUCAGACGCUGGAUCUGGGUCAGGUAGACAUGUCCGAAGAAGGGUUUGCCGAAUUCGUCGCAGCAGGCGUCACACUCCUUCAGAAUCUCAAAGGCCUGGAUCUAUCUGGCACCAAUGGAUUCGUUGACCAUGCAUAUGACAGUAAUCCAAAGCCGCAGCCGCCAUUGGAUCCACUGGUAGAGGCAUUGUCCUCCGCUUCCAAUAAGAAGAGUUCUUUAACUACCAUUAAUUUGAACGGAUGCCGCAUUCCAGAAGAGUUCAUGGACCAGCUGAUGGGCGGCAUAUGCACCCUGUCGUCCUCAUUGAAGGAUCUGAACCUAUCCCAAACCAAGUGCGGAAGCAAUGCACUGGCUGCCGUGGGUGACAUGCUACAGAAGGAUGGCUGCGCUCUCGAAGUGUUGGAUUUGACGUCGUUGGAUUCCCCCAAGCAAGCCAUCAACGUAUCAUCCAUCAUCCGUGCUCUGUCAAAGAAUGCAUCUCUCACCACUCUCAAGAUUGGUGGAAACGAACAACCUGCAGGUGGAAUGAAAGAACUAGCAGAAGCCUUGAGCAAGAACACCUCACUCGCCAAUUUACACCUGGACACCGUCUACAGCAUUGAUGAUGGCUUUAAGAUAUUCUUUUCGAUGCUUUCCACCAUGAAAGGUCUGGUCCUGUUGGAUAUUUCAGACAAUGCCAUGACGGAUGAGGCAUUGGAGAUCCUAAUCAGCCAGCUCGAGUCGGCCUCGGAUGAACUGUCGAUUCGACAAAUUGAAGCCACGGAUAUGCAAUCGUCCGAGUCAGCCCUCGAGAGAUUAUCCAAAGCGGUGUCCACUGGAUCCAUCACCGUCAAUGUUUCCGAGCUGGAAGGGUGGGAAACGACCGAUUCCUUGCUUUUGGUACCCGAAAACUGCAAUGACAUUGUAGUGCCUCCGAAACGGUAUGGAGAGGGCACCAAUCACGUUGGGACGGUUGCCUUUAUGACAGAAUUCUUGAAGAAUAAGAUUGCAACAUUCACCAAGAAAGAAGGGAAGCAACCAUCGGAUCUCGCUGUUUCUAUGGGGUCGUUGGAUUCGGAAGAACUUGGUGUUCGCGUUGGGUGGACAGAACACGGAGAAGACUUGCCACUCACUAUUCGUGACGGCAGGGUGGAGGAUUUUGCAAAGGUCCUUGUAUCCCUUGGCGUUUCUGCUUUCCACCUCGAAGGGGAGCUACCUGACUCGCUCUUGGUCGCGCUUCAGCAAGAUAUCUUCGCUGCAGCCUGCACAGGUCUCACCCUCGAUGAUAUGAUUGUCACAAAGACUGUGUUAGGGUUAUUGAAGAACUUGUUGUGGUGCUCUAAAGACUUUGAAUCCCUGGAGCUACGUAGAAUCUCCAACCAUGAAGAAGAUUUUCCGCCAGACUCAGUUUCCGAGAGCUCUGACGAAAAGCUCCCAGAGGGGGCCUUGAAGGCAAUGAAGACCUUGAAGCUUGAACGAUUGAAGCUGGCACAUCCAGUAACGACCGUAGUGAGGGAGAUCCUUUUGUCUGCGACAGCACUUGAGAAGUUGGAGUUCAAAUGUAUUGGGGGUGAUGAUGAUGAACCUCCACCAACCCAUAAUAUCAUUGGUCCAGACGAGGCACUGCCGACGGGUUCUCUGAGUGCUCUGAAAGUCGUCACUCUGGAUUCGGUGAAGAUUACGAAUCCGGUUGCAUUGCUGCUGAAGGCAAUUCUGUCUUCUUCGUCGUCAGCGCUUGAGCUGAUCAAAUUGAGCAAUGUCAAAUGUGAUGACCUAGAGCCUGCCAAAAUAGUUGGGCAGGGGUAUGCGAAGAACCGUUCGGUUCGAACUGUAGAGUUCCAGUCCGUGGACGAGGGUAUAUCCGAUGCAAUCCAGGCAGCUCUGCUGACGGGCCUGGCAAGUCUGAACAACUUGGAAGACUUGGAAUUGAAGCUACAGGUUUGCGGAAACGAGACAGUGGAGGCACUGGCCUCUAUCGUUGGAACAAGCAAGAGUCGAAAGCUCUCGAUAUUGUUUGGUUACUCGUGUGGUUCAGUCGACAUCACACCUAUCUCUCUCCGGCUAGCAAAGAAUACAUCAAUGUUGGAGCUGUCCGUUUUGACCGAAGGGAAGUACUUGGCUGAUCCCGGUGUUGCUUCGCUUGGUCAGGCCUUGGCGGAAAACACAACACUUGAAACGUUCCAUGUUGUUGUCCCCAACUUAACCUUUGAUGGGGCAAGCGUGUUUUAUAGUCACCUUGGAUCCAUGAAAGGCUUGAAGCACUUGCACUUUGACGGAAACUAUAAAGGAAAAGCCAGGGAUAGUAGCACGCUCUCCGAUACAGCCUUGGAGGCAUUCGUUCAGGGUUUGACUGCCAAUUCAAGUAUCCAGGAACUCUCCGCAGACUAUGCUUACUGGGAAGCUGCUGAAGUCAAUGCUGGUAUUAUCAAACUACUUCAAUCGAGCCUUCCAACCACACUAACUUCCAUUGCAAUGAAGAUGUGGGGAGGUAUCAAUGACGACCAUGCUCAAGAUAUUCAGCAUCUUUUUGGUGCCAUGGCGACCAACACAACAAUUACCAAUCUUGCCAUUGAGUUUGACUGCGACCAGACACUAGACGAGCUGGGCAAGGCUUUGAUUCAGAAUUCCAAAUUGGAAACUCUUGUUGUCACAUGCUCUUACCUGAGCAAGGAAAGUGUGGACAAGUUUGCCAAGUCGCUCUGUGACAAUGGCACAUUGAAGCACCUUCGCUUCAACGUGCGUGAUGAAGAAGUCAAACAAUUGCUGGUGGAUUGCACUAAAGAGACAUCCAUCAAAUUGGCAGUCGCUGAAAACGCACGCGAUUCGGGCCUAGUUGACUUUGUCAUGCCCGCCAUGCCGGAUCUCCUUGACCCCGUCGCGGAUUAGGAUAUCGUCGUUCGAGGUGGACCUUCGGUUAUAGAGGAGCGAAGAUGCUGCGAUGGAAGUGGGUGCAUGGGAACUAUUAGACGAAGUUUCUCCUACCCUUCUUGCAUGCUUGCGCUCAUGUGUUUGGCUCAAAGCUCUCUCUUGUGGGUAACUUUAUAGCAUACGUACAGAAUCCAAGAAGAGUCUAUUAUCAAAGUCAACUUCACUAAUAGCA